AUGGAGAACCCCGAGGAUUGUCUCGAGGACCAUGUCGUCCGUAGGCCGACAACCGAUGGGUUAAUGAUCGGCCCUGUUGUCCCUUUCGACCCGAUGGCUAAUCGGGUGAUCCGGUGGCAGAUGGUGGUGGGCAAGUUCCACCACACAAAUUAUCCUGAUGGGCGGCUCGCUGCUUUUAAACACGUUGGGCCUGGCCCCGUUUUCCUCCAGGAAGACGAUCAGGUGCUCGACUUGCAGAGCCAGGUGGAUCCGGGCAAUUCGCGAUGCCGCCCCCCUUAUCUUGUGAUUUGGGAAUCGUUCCGUGCAUCGGCCCCCGGCGAAGAUCAGAAGAGGGAUACUUGGAAUAGUUCUAUCGUUCGACUCCAAUUUGGCCUCGACUGUAACCUGUGCAAGAAACUCGGGAACCUCAAGAUCAAGUCCGGGUUCACAAAGAUGUGCACCAUUUGCUAUUGGCUUAUUCGGCGCGCCCCUAAAGCCGAAUGCCACGACGAUGCGCACCGCGAGGCGCGAGAGAACUUCGGGAAGCUGGUGCAGUACAUCUGCAAGUUGUGCGACUGCGUCAUCAACGACCUCAACGCCAGGGACCAGCACGUCACCGGGAAGCGCCAUCGUAGCCAAUACAAAGUCAAGGUGGACCCGACGUUGCCGUUAUACCUUGACGAGCGGAUCGCGCCCAAGACCACCGCCUUCCCGGCGCGCAUCGUUCAACGCCAACCGGUCGUCCUCACCAACCAGGAGCGUCGCCAACUCGAGGACAACUACGCGCGGAUGCUCUGCGAAAAGUUGCCGCCAAAUGGCGAACAGCUGCACCAUAUCGAGGACACGCUGCGCAAGAUUGAAGGCGGGCUGAAGGCCGUCUCCGACGUCAUCUCCCAUCGCAACAACAAAGGACCACAGCCCGACCCCUCGCAACGGAUGUACCUCGGCAUCAUGCGCGUCGGGCCGCUCGCCUUCCGCACGCUCGUCAAGUCGGACACCGAGGUCGAGGUCGUGCUCAUGACGAGCAACGAGCGGAUCACGAGCCUGCCCAACUUCAACGGCACCAUCCCGUUCAAGCAGUACUCCGGGUAUUUGGACAUCAGCGACCAGAAGAGCUUGUAUUAUUGGUAUGUCGAGUCGCAGAACAAGCCCGACACCGACCCGCUGAUUUUGUGGCUGAAUGGAGGCCCGGGAUGCUCAUCGUUGGAAGGCCUUUUCGUCGAGCUGGGCCCAUUCCGCGCGAACAACUUUGGCGCGCAGCUGACGUUGAACCCUUAUUCGUGGAAUAAGUACGCAAAUAUCAUCUUCCUGGACGCGCCAGCCGGCGUCGGUUUCUCCGUGCGCCGUGAUGGCCGGUGGAAUUAUACUGAUGACGAGGUGGCCGACGAUAAUCAUAAGGCCCUGAUGAUCUGGUUCGAAAAAUUCCGCGAACGCCGCGCCAACGACUUCUACGUGGCCGGCGAGAGCUACGGCGGGACCUACGUGCCGAUGCUAGCCCAACGGCUUGUCAAUGAUUGGAAGAAUUUUGUUAAUUUUAAGGGUUUCUUCGUCGGAAACGGCUGCCUGAACUCGCACCUCGAGUUCAACUCCUUGAUCCAGUACAGCUACAACCACGGGUUUAUCGACGAGACGCUAUACCGCAUCUCGGUCGAGCAGUGCUGCUCCGGGUCCACCGACUGCGAUUGGUACAACAUGGCCGUCGAUCCGAUGAAUAAAUGCACGAAUAUUUCUCAAGACCUCUACUUCUCCAACUACUACACCGGCCUCGACCCGUACUUCAUCUACUUUACGUGCUAUUUGACGGAUCAGCCCCAAGGCUACACUCCCCCGAUGGCGAUGGCCCGGCAAAAGAUGAAGAUGAUCAAGGGCAAGAAUUCGCCGCAUCUAGCCGAUUUACCCUCGUGCGCCCACUACAACGACAGCACCGUAUAUCUGAUGCGUGACGAUGUGCGGAAGGCGCUGAUGAUCCCGAAUAGCGUGCCGGUUUACAAGAGUUGCAACGAUGAUAUUGCUAACGACUACAUCCAACAAUACCUGGACAUUUCGCCAUUUGUGAAAGAAGUGGUCAGCUAUCAGAGAAAGGCGAUGUUCUUCAACGGCGACAUCGACUCGGUGUGCAACGUCAUGCAUAAUGAGCAGUUUAUGAGGCAACUUGGAUUGCCGCUAGUGAAAGCAAAAGCCCCAUGGAAUGACAACGACCAACUGCCGCCGACCGUCGGGUUUUUGACGCAAUAUAAAGGUCUCGACUUCCUGACGAUACGGGGCGCCGGCCAUUUCGCCUCCUCCUCCAACGAAAAGCCCAAAGAAUCUCUGCAAAUGUUCUACAAUUUUGUGAAUAAUCGCGACUACAGUCUGCCCAUACCAAAG